UAAAGUAAAAAGCACCAACAUUUUUAGGUUAUGUCGAAAACAAUUUGAAUUGUUUUUAAUUUAAUUUACAGACUAGUUGAAACUGAAAUUUUGAGAUAUUCCGUUGCGUACACGACAGACAAGAAUCCUUCCCCGGAAAAAAAGUCUAUGAUUGUAAAAUUUACCCAUUCUUUACAACAUCGGUUUUUCUGAUGAUGGACCACAUUCACCGGCAUCAGUCGCCCUUGGCAUCUUUUAACUGUGAAAACCCCCUUGAUUCUUACUAUUGCAAACACUGCAAUUUUCAAACUGAACUAACGUUGCUUUUGAAGCGACACAUUAAAGACCGUCAUGGAAUCAAACAAGAAAACAACGACGAUUUAAUUCUACAAUACAAUAAUGAAAAGUACGUUUGUGGAAAGUGCGGAUUUGAGACGCAUUUUUCUCUUAAAUGGUUAUGUCACAUGAAUGAGUGUCAGUUGGUUGAGGACAAAAUCAAGUGGCACCAGUGCGCUGAGUGUCCCUUCAAGAGUAAAGAAAAAGCUGGUUUGAAAAAGCACAUUAACGCACGCCAUGUAGACGACCUUGACGCCAAAUGGUACAAAUGUAAACAGUGCUCAUUUAGAUGUAAACACAACUCAUCCUGGACGAGACACGUCAACCGUUGCCAUUUGGACGAAAAGGACGGCAAGUGGUACGAAUGCCAACAGUGCCCGUACAAGACUAGAGAUUGUUCGAACUUAAGGCGUCACCUGAUAAGCCAGCAUUCGAAUGAAAAAAGUAUCACGUGGUAUCAGUGCAACGAGUGUACAUUUAAAACAACCUUUGAGAGGGUUUUGCAUAAACACGUGAAUGCGCGGCAUUCGAACCAACACGACCUCAAAUGGUACAAUUGUGAACAAUGCCAAUACAAAACCAAAUACCGACAAGCUUUAAAUAAACACAUGAAUGCGCGCCAUUUGGACGAGGGCGAAAUAGAGUGGCAGCAAUGCGCUGAGUGUCCCUUCCGGACUAAAGACAGAACCAGUUUGAAAAGGCACAUUAACGCACGGCAUCUGGACGACCAAGACGCCAAGUGGUAUGAAUGUAAACAGUGCUCAUUUAGAUGUAAACACAACAGGUCCUUGACGAGACACGUGGACGUUUGUCAUAUGGACGAAAAGGACGGCAAGUGGUAUGAAUGUCAACAGUGUCCAUACAAGACUAGAGAUUGUUCAACCUUAACGAAGCACGUGAAAUCGCUGCAUUUGGAACGAUAUGACAUUAAAUGGUAUGAUUGUGAAAAGUGCCAAUUCAAAACCAAAUAUCCUCAGGCUUUAAAGAAACAUAUAAAUCGGCGGCAUUUGGACAUGAACGAAAUCAAGUGGCACCAUUGUAGUGAGUGUCCUUACAAGUGCAAAGAUAAAAGCAGUCUGAAAGGUCACAUUAACGCACGGCAUCUAGAUGAUGAGGACGUGAAAUGGUACGAAUGCAUACAUUGUCCGCACAAAAGUAAGAGUUGUUCGAAUUUAAACGACCACGUAAAAAGGCGCCACUCGAAUGCGAAAAGAGACCAUCUAAUAACAAAUAAAAAUCGUGUUUGACGUCACAGGUGAAGUUUGCACAAAAUGUACAGUUAAAUUAAAAAAAUCGAACCACGGAAAAACCGACAAAUAAAAGUUAUAAAAAUCAGGAUAUCGAAAAAUCAAAAAAUCUCAAACUUUGAUUUUUUUUCCAAAAGUCUGGAUGCCUACAAUAAAUAGUCAACACGGAUGCAGAGAAGCAUGUCAUUUUAUACAAUUUAAAUAACAUUUAAUAUUGUAAAAUUUGAACAUGACGUUAUCUCAUACGACAUUCCUUAUAAAUAUACAAAAUUUGACAACA